CCACAUUUCUACUAUACGAACAAUGGCCAACUUUACACCAUACACGUAUUUCCAGUGUCCCUGUGCGGAUUCUGUUCUGCCCACUCGGAAUAUAAGCUCCGACUCGCCCUCUGCCGCGUCCGGAACCUCAGACCAGGACGAACGAACCUUCGAUCCUAGAGCCCCGCGGUCGAAUUAUAGUUUAUAUCCGCUAGAGCACUUGUUAUACUGCGAGGACUGUCACCAGAUUCGAUGUCCAAGAUGUGUAUUAGACGAAAUCGUCACUCAUUAUUGUCCAAAUUGCCUGUUUGAGGUUCCGAAUAGUAUCGUGAAGAGUGAGGGGACCAGGUUUGGCUCAGUCUAGGUUGGGAAGAGAGGAAGUGAUACUAAUGUUUGGCAGAUGCACGAGGAGUUGCUUCCAAUGCCCUAUUUGCAUUGCACCCCUCUCUGUCAGUGCCGUCGAACCACAACCUGAGGGGCAUGGAGUAGCAGAUACCGCCCAUGUAGGGCAAUACGUGCUGAACUGCGCGUAUUGCCUCUGGAGCUCCAAGGAUAUCGGCGUAUACUUUGAUAAACCAAAUGCGAUCUCUGCACAGCUGGCGAGAAUAAAGAAUGGUGGAGGACAGGUUAUUACUCCUCGCGACCGACGGAAAGAUCGCGAGGGGCGAACACGGGAGGCUUCAAUGGGACCCAGUCUCGAUGAUGACGGUGUACAAGAGGAUGAUGGUCCGAAAUUGGAUCCCAACGAAGUACUGGAUCCUGAAGGCCAAUUCUCAAAUUUGAAAUCAUUUUAUCAGUCGCAAAUCGCGGAGGCAUCUCCCACAAGUGCUUUGGGCUUCACGGGAGGGGAUUACGGCUACGGAUCACCAGGAGCGCUAUCACGAAUAAUGGGGAUCUAUACUGGAGGAACGUUUGCAGACAAGAAGGUCAAGAGCAAGAAAGCAAAUUUUCGAGAAGCACGGGAUGCCCUCGAAGGUCUACAAAUUGUCGACCUCGCCUCAGAUGCAGACGCAAUCAAGAAGCUCCAAGAAAAUAGAUGGCAAGGGACAACUUCCCUAGAACAACGAGCCGAACAACUCAGCGAAGCACCAUUUGUAUCAGAUCUACGCCCCCUUGCCUACGUCCUGCGUACAAAGCGUUCAAAACGCUGCAAAACCUGUCGUCAUAUCCUCUCCAAGCCCGAAUCCAAAGUCCAAACGACUCGUUUCCGAAUCCGACUCGUAGCACUAAACUAUAUCCCUGCCAUAACCAUAAGACCCCUCCAACCACUCGCCCCCACCCAAAGAUCUCUCCUCACACCCCGCAAAGCCGUCCAAUUCCUCCUCACAUUCAAGAAUCCCCUCUUCGAAAACGUCAAAGUUAGUAUCGCAACCCCAGCGCACACCCCUGGUCGGUUUAAAAGCAAAGUCACGGUUCUCUGCCCGCAAUUCGAGGUAGGAGCCAACACGGACGCCUGGGAAGAAGCCCUCCGCGAAGGAGGCAAGGGAGCUGGAGGCGAAAAACGCCGUACCAAAGCGGAGGCCCACGAAGGACAGAACCAAGCGGAAGCAGGACAAGUAUGGGAACAGGGGCGGAAUUGGGUCAGUGUAGUGGUAGAAGUUAUCCCUCCCUCAAUUCGCAUGGACGCUCCGGAUUUCGUGAAGACGGAAGAACACAAGAAUGACGAGGGGCCGUUGAGAGAAGAUGAGGAUGUGGUGGAGAUUCCGGCUUUUGUGAGGGUGGAGUGGGAAGCGGAUGCUGCGCAGGAUGAUGAUACCGGGAAUUUGGCCUCGAUGAGGGAGAAGGAUGGUAGGGAGAAGAGGGAACUGGCUUACUGGUGUGUUUUGGGGCUUGGCAGGAUUGCUCGGGAAUAGAUGAGAAAUUAAAGGCAGAGGGAAAUCGUAGGAGCGCAAUAUACCCAUUUGAUAUUUGCAU